CGUGCAACGUCAUGGAAUUCCGUAAGUGCUCCAUCAACGGCGUGUCCUAUGGCACGGGCACGACGGAGAUUGGCCGCGCUGCGCUGCGCCGUAAGGGUGUGAUAGUGCCAGCAGAGACGGAGCCGGACCCGGCCUCACGCCGCGCCAAGAUCCCCUACGUCAACUUUGAGGACCCGCGGUUGUUUAACAUUCUGGAACGGCCUAUCAAUGACGACACGCCGAACCGUGAGGCCGAGUUUUUCCUGCACCUGAGUCUGUGCCAGACUGUGAUCCCGGAGACGGUGGAGGGCAGCUCGGAGGUGCGUUUCUCGGCCUCUUCACCCGAUGAGCAGGCGCUGGUGUCGGGAGCCAAGUUCAUGGGCUUCAGUUUCGAGUCUCGCGGUCUGGGUGUUGCUCGUGUCCGCGUAAAGCGUCCGGAGCUUGUUCGCCGCUACGCUAACGGUGCGACAGGCUCCAACGUACUGCUCGAGUUCAAGAUUCUGGAUGUGUUGGAGUUCACGAGCGACCGUAAGCGCAUGUCGGUCGUGGUGCAGUACCCCAACGGUGAGUACUGGGUGCUCACUAAGGGCGCUGACAACAUCAUUUACCCCAUGCUGGCGAAGGACAAGAGCGACCCCGAAAUGAUGAAGGACACGAUGCGUCAUUUGGAGACGUUCGGCGACGAUGGUUUGCGUACGCUCACAAUCGCCCAGCGGCGUGUGGACGAGAAGGAGUACCUCAACUGGAGCGCGCGCUUUAAGGAGGCCAAUUCGUCGCUGGAAGAGAUUGACAAGCGCAAGAACGGACUGCCCAAUGAGAUCGACAAGCUGAUGACGGAAAUCGAGCGUGAUCUGGAGCUGCUGGGUGCGACGGCUAUUGAGGACAAACUACAGAAUAAUGUGCCCAGCUGCAUUGCCAACCUGAUGCGUGCUGGCAUGCGCGUCUGGAUGCUCACCGGUGACAAGCAGGAGACUGCCAUCAACAUUUCCUACGCCUGCCAGCUUAUGGACAAUGACAUGCAGCAGUUUAUCUUCAACUGCGAUCUGUAUCCCACAAAGGAUGCUAUCUAUUCGCACUUGACGGAUGCGAACGCGCAGGUACAGCGGGGCAGUGGUCGCCACGCUGUUGUGAUCGACGGCGAAUGUUUGGAGUUGACACUUGCAGAUGAGCGAUGCCAGAGCGAAUUCCUGUCGCUGGCCAUGGCCUGUGAAGCCGUAGUGUGUUGCCGUGUGUCUCCUAGUCAGAAGGCUGAAAUGGUGACGUUGGUUCGCACUGCUAACAAGAAGGUGCGGACGUUGGCGAUUGGAGACGGUGCAAACGAUGUGGCUAUGAUCCAGCGCGCACACGUUGGUGUCGGUAUCUCGGGACAGGAAGGCAUGCAGGCUGUGAACUCGAGUGACUACGCUAUCGGCCAGUUCUACUUCCUGGAGAAGCUGCUGCUGCACCACGGCCGCUUGAAUUACAAGCGCAUGUCGAUUCUCGCGGGCUACAUGUUCUACAAGAAUAUCGUAAUGGUGCUGGCGCAGUACUUCUAUAUGUUCUGCACGGGAUCUUCAGGCCAGAAGUUCUACGGUGAGUUGGGUUUCCAGCUGUACAACAUUUGCUACACUUCGCUGCCCAUCAUUGUGCUUGGAGUUUUCGACUACGAUGUGCCUUUCGAAGUCAGCAAGCACUUCCCCGAACUGUACCUGGUUGGCCCGCGCAUGGAGUUGUUCAACAACUACACCUUCUUCAAGUGGAUCUGUAGCGCCGUGUACGAGUCGGCGGUUAUCUUUGUGUUCGUGGUGUACGCGUUCAACGAAAACCUUUCGAACGCCGGCAGCGCACCCAUGGUGCAGUACGGAUUGCUGGCAUUCACGAUGGUGGUAUUGGUGGCAAACAUCAAGCUGUGCUUGCUGCAGAUGUCCUGGAGCGUCUACGGUGCCGCGUGUUGGUUCGUUGGUGUCAUCGCGUAUCUCCCGCUCACGCCCAUCAUCUCGAGCUACUGGAUUUCCAUGUUCACGACGGAGUACGGCAGCUUCCAGAACACUUUGGGGCAGGAGACGUACUGGCUGGUACUUCCGAUCUGUCUGGCCGUCUCGCUGCUUCGUCACUUUACGUGGACGGCUGUCUGCCGCCGGUUCUACCCGCAGCCGUGGCAGAUUGUUCAGGAGCAACACGUGCUUCACCAAGGCAAGAGCCAGUAUGACCAGCGCCCCACGUCUCGCAUCGACAUGGAAGCUGGCAUCCCCGUUGUCAACGGCAUGGCUGACACCGCCUACAUCAACUCGUCAUCUCCAAGCCACGGCUACCAUGCGGUAAGCGUUGCUCUCUCUAAAUAUUUCGCUCACUCAAUCAUGGCCUCUGACAUUGUUCUUUGACAUUUAACAGCAACACUCGAACGAGUAUGCACAGGCACAGGCUCAGUUCGCUGGCAAGACACGAGGAUCUGGCAGCGGAUUCGCCUUCAGCUACGACCCACAGACGUCUCUGGCCGAGUCGUACAUGUCGACGCACGACGUUCGUCAAUCCGCUUCAGCCAUGCACGAGGCUGAACACCGCGGCAGGAGGUCUCGCGAAGACUCACGAGCGUCCGACUACGAGUCGUCUCGCUCGGCGGCUGUCGUGGACUCGACGAAGGGCUCCUCGUCUACGGGGCUAUUCGUCUAGCUGCAGCAGCCAGAAGGUUUAGUUACACUAUCAUCACCGACGUGCGUACACUCUACAUACAGAGGAGCUCCGCGACGCCAAGAUCAAGCAAGCUCAGGGUGUGAAGCCGAAGAUCCGAUCGUCGUGAUUGCUCGAGAUUUUACUUUUGUUUUUGCGUGUUUUAAGCAGCUUCAGGAUUGGGGUCGUAAGGAAGUUGGAGAGCCGUUUAGAGAAGCAGGCGGCCUGCGCUGUCGACGGCAGGGCAUGCACAUAUCAACAGCGACUAGCGAGUCUAAUGAUCGUCUUCACAAAGGUCUCGAAUUCUCCUGCAACCAUUAAAUCUAUCUACUUCAAUGCUACCACAGCGCCAUCACGACAGCGCCUACAAGCAGUGUGGCUGUUGCUGAAGUUACUGCCGAGUCAUGCGAGACGGCAGCGCUUGACUCGGCAGUCACGUUCGGCGGCACCGUGUUGAUCGAGUUGAUGGCGGAGGUGCCAUCGCUCUCCUUCCCAGACCCGGCCUGGCUGGCAUGCGGCGGCUCGUAGUUCCAGUCCACGAGCGACGCCGGACGCGAGAAGCUGCAGCCGUCCGCGUAUUUCAUCGACACGUGGAGACACGCAUCGGAGAAGGAGGCGCUCAUAGCGUCCACGAUGGAGCUGGGCAGGAAGUCCUGGACCACUGGGAACACAUCAGAGCCGCUGACGCACUUGCCAGCUCCGAAGAGAGACUGGAGGUCGACGCCGUACGACUCGGAGCUGUUGGCAGCAAGCGGUAGACCGUUGACCCACGUCGCAAUGCGGUCCAGCGCCACCACGCAGCCGCUGGCCGUGUACUGGUCGCUCGACACUGUGGCCACUGCGUUGCCGUCCGAGUCUUCGUAGGCCUCUCCCUCGGCCUUGAGGCAGGCCUGGUCUGUGGGCACGCGCAGAUCUUCCAGCAGCGCUGUAGCGCGGUCUGUAGACGUGGUGUUGGCCAGCUCGCCCGCGCUCUGCAGGAACGUAUAGCCGCAGCGCUGCGAGCUCGUGCCAUUAAACGCCGGCGUCUGCGUGGCGCAGAAGACGUCGCCCAGGAGCUGCGCCAUCUUGGAGUACUGGCCCGUGAUCGUGUAGUCAAAAAGCGAGACGCUCUCGGUCUCCCACGCGGCGCAGCAGCCGCCGGCCGACGUGGAGCGCAACGUGGCCAGCGACGGCAGCAGCUGCGACCGCAGACACGGCACGAAGCCGUCCACGUACAGCGAGCACAUCUGCUCCACUUCCCCCUCGUCCACGAGCCCCAGGCCUUCGAUGAAGGUGUCCAAG